AUGCCCGCCAACGAACAAAGAAGUCCGGAGAGUCAUGAAGAAUUCGGCCAUUCAAGCUCGACUACAAAACCAAGCAACUCUGCAGUUUCGGAAGAUGUGUAUGUCGAAGAUACCUCUUCUCGCGAUUCUGGAUAUGAAGGCGAUAUUGAGGUAGUGAAACCGUACGCUAUUGAGGAACCAGACGAAGAAGCUCCUAGGGUCGUCCCUAGGUUAGCCAUUUCGCCCGCUUCAAAUGAUGCCGAUUCGUGGCAAGGGGAAUUGGUGGAUUCAAUGCAAGAUCUCCACUGCGACUCAGAUCAUCCUGACUUGCGGUGCCGUCCGAGCCACAAGAGAGGAAGGAAGAGGAAAACACCCACCUUCGCGGCAGGAAAUUCCGCGCCUGGUCGACGACAGGUCUAUGAGACAGCUCCCGAUAUCCAGUACGAAGGACCUAGUGUGAGUCCAAAGAGAUUACGACGACGAAGCAUGCGCCCCAAAGAAGGCCAAAGAACUCUCUCACCACGCAGCUCGACUGAAACCGAUUCCCCUGCAAGCCUUAGCCUGAGUCCUCAAUCAACGGAUGCAAGCGGGGCAAGCCCGAGCAAUAAACCUAACGCUAGUGAUGAAAUGGACAUAGAUUGA